AUGCGCCUCAUUCUCACUGGCGCCACAGGCGUCGUCGGCUCUGCAGCCCUCAACCACAUCCUCAGCCUCCCAAAGGGUGAGAUCUCCGCCUUGUAUAUCCUCAGUCGCAGUCCCGUGCCUACAGCCGAAGACAAGCCAAAUGUUACGGUUAUCCAGCACAAGAACUACAACGAGUAUCCGCCUGAGCUGUUGGAGAAAUUGAAGGGAGCGGAUGGAUGUAUUUGGGCGCAGGGCAUUUCGCAGACGUUGGUUUCGAAGGAGGAUUAUAUCAAGAUCACUCUCGACUACCCCCUUGCUGCGGCAGAGGCUUUCUCGACACUGUCAGACUCGUUCAACUUUGUCUAUGUAUCUGGGGAGGGUGCAACGCAAACCCCCGGCAUGUUUACACCACUCUUCGGCCGUACAAAAGGACAAGCUGAGUCGGCACUUCUGGAUCUAGCCAAGAAAUAUCCCAGUCUGAAACCCUUCUCCGUGCGCCCUGCCUAUGUAGAUACAGCGAACGACCCCGAGACUCUAAAAGCCAGGCUCCAACGGCCAGAGCAGCAGUCUUUCAAGGCAAAGGCGCUGCACGCUUUCUUUGGUCCGUUGAUGCGGAAUGUGCUCACGAAGAGUGAUUCGCCCACGGAGCACCUGGGCAAGUUCUUGACGGAUCUUGCGAGGGGCGAUGGAAAACUGUUACCUGAGCAGGGAGUUGCUGGAGAUGGCAGGAUCAUUCCGAAUGUCGUUUUCCGAAAGAUCGUUGGGCUUUGA